AUGGAGACACUGGAGGAGGAGGAGGAGGAGGAGGAGGAGGAGGAAGAAGGCUCCUCAUCGUGCUGUUCACCAAACCCAGUGCCGGGGGACCACGCGGUGCCCCCAAGCCGGGGGGAGCCUCGCAAGAUUGAGGAGAUUAAAGACUUUCUGCUGACAGCCAGGAGGAAGGAUGCAAAGUCGGUCAAGAUCAAGAAGAACAAGGACAAUGUGAAAUUCAAGGUGCGCUGCAGCCGGUACCUGUACACCCUGGUCAUCACGGACAAGGAGAAGGCCGAGAAGCUGAAGCAGUCCCUGCCUCCAGGUUUGGCUGUGAAGGAGCUGAAAUGA